AUGGAGGAGGAGAUUGGGUACUGGAAGCAGAAUCUCUAUCUACUCCAGGAAGCUGCACCACGACCAUUUGCUGUUCGAUGUACGACGACGUUGCCGGAUUCAGUACCACCACAGUAUGGAGCUGAAUUUCAUGGUUUAAUUGAGCGGGAAACUGCGGAAAGUAUGCUGUUGGAGGCUGGCGAAGGAGCAUUUCUGGUCCGCGCAUCCAGACGUUCACCAGGAGCCAACACGCUAUGCAUGCAUUUCGAUGGACGUGUCCUCAACUACAAACUCUUCUACGAUGGAAUGCAUUAUGUCGGCGAGAAAAGAUUUGAAGAGCUGGAAGAUCUGGUUGCAGAUGGUUUAAUAACAAUGCAUAUGGAGAAACAUGCGAAUGAUUACAUACAACGUAUGGCCGAUGAAGCAAUCUACGAGCAAAGCCCCUACUCGCACGAACGUACAAUUCAUGACUGUCGACCGGAAGCGAAAUACGUGCGACGCAUGUUUGCCGUCGAUAUCAGUACAUUGUGUAUGGCGCAUGAUGUUGACGUACCGCCGGUUGUUUCGGCUUGCAUCGCUGAGGUUGAACGACGUGGCUUGCAUGCUGAAGGAAUCUAUAGGAUCAGUGAUAUUAACGAUGGACAGGUUCAGGUAUCCGGUUCUCAUGACCAAAUGGAGAGGCUUCGACGGCAAUUCGACACGUUACAUAAGGUUGAUCUCUCGAUGGUCGAAGACAUCCAUACGGUAGCGGGUCUGUUGAAGCUUUAUCUUCGAUUGCUACCGCAACAACUUGUGCCAUUCACUGUAUAUCGAUCCCUACUUACUGCUUACACCAAUAAUCGUGCUUUUCAUGAACGACUGAAAAUGUGCAGGAAAGCGUUGAAAGAACUGAAUGAGGCGAACGGACGAACGCUGUUGGCAAUUUUGGUACAUAUGCAAAAAGUGGCUGACAGUAGUGCCUUUAAUAAGAUGAGUAUCGAGAAUCUGGCAACAAUAUUUUCACCAACACUAUUUUGUACUGGUACAACACCGGCGCUUCCGCAACAGCAACACCAUCUUCUUCAUUUUCUCAUCCAAAAUCCCAGGAUUGUACCGUUUUUUUCAAAUUAA